UUUCCUCCUUCUUUUUUCCAUCAGUCUUCAAUGUUUUGCUCCUCUCCUCCGUUUCUCUCAUUCCCAGCGGGUGUCUACUACACGACAACCAAACGCACAUUUCUUGUCAUAGCAUUUCGCUGCUCCAUCUUUCACGGAUGCAUCAACACGCCCAGAUCGCGUCAAUGCAGCAUCCGCCUGUACAAGAACCGCCGCCGAUGCUGCAGCACGAAGGCAAUUUGUACACAAAGCUCGAAAGCAACCAGCAAGCUGCCGUCUACAAGGCCCUUUUGGUGCAGCGCCAUUCAAUGGAUGUGCUUCUACGGGAGCGUUUCCCUCUUGGCCAUGAGCCGCUUCCCGCACACAAGAUCAGAAAAGGGCUUCACAUCGAGGAUUUUGUGUGGGCGCCACAGACACACCCCUUCAGUCAGAAACGAAAGGCCGUGUCCCUUCAUUGCGUUCGACACCAACCCAAACAUUGCCCGGUUGAGUUAUCAGCCUUUGUUGCAGUCGACUUUUUCUCUGGGGAAGUUUUGAUAAACUCGCGCGUCAUGCCAAAUCUAGGCUGGAACGGCUCCUCUCGCAGCGAGAGCCUUCAUGGCUGGAGAGAGGCGCGAGCGAAUCUUUUCGACUUUAUUGACCAAGAUACCGUCAUUGUCGGACACAAAGCACAAAUUAAUUUGGAGAUGCUGCGUUUGCUCCACAAGCAGAUUGUUGAUUCGCAAAUACUUACUACAUCUGCCAUCUACAGGCCGUCAACAAGUCGGCAUCGUUAUAGACCGUCUUUGGAGAAGGUUUGCGCAGAAUUUGUUGGCAUCAAAAUCAAACAAGGUGCACCAUGUCCUUUGGAAAAUGCACUGGCGGCGAGGGAAAUUGUGCUGCAUUGCAUUCGACGACCAAAAGAUCUACAUGUAUGGGCCAAGGAAACGAGAACUAGCUAUUGGAGGGGCCAGGAGGAGAAGAACUUCAGGAGGCUUGUCAAGAGGAUCAAUUCCGUUGACUCCUCAGCUGUUCACCCUCUUACUAAUCUCACUAACCCCGUCUUGAGUAGGAGAAAUAAGCCUGUACUGCACGAUAACGGCCCUGUGGCUGCCUAUGAUGAUGAUGAAUACCUGGGUGGCUAUCAGGAUGCCUACGAAGCAGGAUUUGCAAGCGGUUUCAAGGUUGGCUACAAGAGACGCUAUGAACAAGCAGGCUUUCCCGUGGAUUAUGCCGAGAUAGAGGAAGCAUGUCCGGCAGUGAAACGACCAAAAACUCAUGAACCAAUCCAAGGUGCAGACGACAACGAAAACCCAAGCAGUUUUAAUGAACAUUUGAACCAAAAUAACAAUACUGAUAUGAGUCAAGCGGCAAGAGCUAGAAGUUUAUUGGCGCACCUAAUGAAGGAUACCAAGGUCAAGGAAAUCAUCCAAAUGCUGAAUCAAGCACAAGAGAAGACAAGUAAAAACAGCAAGGUAACCAGCUGUCAAACAGGUCUCGGACAUGUUGCUGGCGAUUGUUAAUAUAACCCUGCUCACUGUAAUGGUGACUGUGGAUUAAUAGAAUUAUGCCUGGCGAGGCAUAUCCACGAUACUGGCAAAGAUGUUGUUGGGAUAUAGCUACUCCAUGG